CCAGCUUCCACUUUCACCAUUCCAUCUCUUCUUAUGAUCGGUCAUGCCCGGCAGCACCUCCAGCAAAGCUGCCGCGAACCAUGAAUCCGGUCUUUGGGAGACGGCGCAGCGCUUCUGGCAGAGAAGCUACGCAGGCGACUAUCUGGGCCUGGCCAUCCUGAUCGCGGGCUUCAUCAUCCUGAAGUUGUUCGAUGCCCCCUUCCAUUCGCAGUUCAGACUCGAUGAUCCGCGUCUACAGCACCCUCAUGCCGAGGUGGAAAGAGUAGAUCUUGUCUGGCUACUGAUCUAUGGUUGCGGCAUCCCUCUUGGUGCACUUGCAGCAUGGUCCCUCAUCGCACGACCGCCUGCUCAUCAAAUCCACAUCACCUUCCUCGGCCUCUUCUCUGCCAUUCUCAUGGCUACGAUGAUCACCGAUAUUUUGAAAGAUGCGAUCGGCCGCCCUCGACCCGAUCUGAUCGCUCGCUGCAAACCAGCCGAAGGCACGCCUCGAAACGAGAUGAUCUCAGUGGAAGUGUGUACAGAAACAAAUCACCACGUGCUCCAUGAUGGGUGGCGCAGCUAUCCUAGCGGGCAUAGCAGUUUCGCCUUCUCUGGCUUGGGUUGGAUAGCACUUUUGAUGGCGAGCCAGUUGCAUGUGCUGAGGCCAAGAGCAAGUCUGAUUGUGGUGUUGGCAUGUCUACUGCCUCUGCUCGGCGCUGCUUUGAUUGCAGUGAGCAGAUUGGAAGACUACAGGCACGAUGUGUUUGACGUCGUGAGCGGGAGCAUACUCGGAUUUGCGGUAACAUAUUUCAACUGGCGGCGAUACUAUCCGAGCUUAAUGGCUGCAGAUUGUCACGAGCCAUAUUCGCCUCCAAAUGGAAAGGCUACCAAUGGAUUCCAGCGCCUCAGAGAUGAAGAGGCUGGCAUGAGUCGGCAGAGUGAGCGCUAUGUAGUGGGAGACGACUAAAGUGCUCUCUGCAUACCCUUGCUCUUAUGCCGAGAUCGAGCAUGUAGCAGAUGAUGUAGAAGCUCAAAUAGUCUUCGAGAAAUCGAUAUUUAGAUCUGUCAUGUAGCUUUGCUGUUGUGACUUGCUGCAGACCGUAGACCUUGAACCCUUGGCGCAGUGCCAUAUAGGCAGCCAUUGUAUGAUGGCACGUGUACGAG